AUGGCGCGCGACGAGGAAGCCCACGAUGUCGACCAAGAGAACCCGGUGGAUGCCCUCUACAAGCCGCCCGUGCAGAAGUCCGUCAUGGAGAUCCUGGCCUGCGAUGAGGGAGACGAAAGCUUGAAGAGGUACAAGGAGGCGCUUCUCGGAAAUGCUGUCGAUGCCGUGAUCGUGGACCCCGCGGACCCGAAAGUUGUGCUCCUUCGCGAAAUCGUUCUACUCGUCGACGGGCGUCCCGAUGCCGUUCAGGACCUCUCGGAUAGCAAGAAACUCGAAUCCACCUCGUUCAGGCUGAAGGAAGGCGUCCACUAUAAGCUGCAGUUCAAGUUCUACGUCCAGCGCGAAAUGGUGACCGGGCUGCGGUACUCGCAUAAAGUGACGAAGAUGGGGAUUCCAGUGAUAAACGAGCACUUGAUGGUCGGCUCCUACGGCCCGAAGUCCGAAUUGAUCACCUACACAACCCCAUCGGAGGAGGCACCGUCCGGAAUGAUGUCGCGAGGGAAAUAUAAGGUCCAUUCCAAGUUCACCGACGACUACAAGAACGUGUUCGCGAAGUGGGAGUGGACGCUGGAAAUUGCAAAGGACUGG